UAGCGACGCGCGUGCGUGCGUCAGUGCGUUGCCGGCAACCGCCGCGUGUUGCCGCCAGCCGCCUCCGCGAGGCAUGCGACUCGGCGUUGCAAAAUCUCUUCUUCAAUCAUCUUCACAAAACCGCGCGCCCUUGUGCCGACGGCAUGUUGGGCGCGCGGCUCAAGUCAUGGAUGGAAGCUCAGCUGGGGCGGGCGAAGAAACGUAAACAGAAGCAAAGUAAACCUGCGCCGACCACAACUACCCCUGGUCCUGUACAAGCACCUCAUUUAUCGUCACCGGAGAGUGCUUACAGUACUGGCUACUCCACCGACGGCACGUCUCCUGGAGCUCCGCCCGCCCCGCUUGCCGCUCCGCUUGUGUCCCCGCCGCCGCCACCCGCGCCACCCACAACACACCUUUACCAUGAGCCCGCGAAGAGGCGGUCGAUCCCCGUGGUGCGUUGCGCGGAGCCCGUGGUAUGCGCGACGCCAUCACCGCGGCCACGCUGCCGCAUCCGCACCAACCCGUGGCUGGGAGCAGCGACCCCUCCAACUGCGCGUCGCCGCACGCCCCUCUUCCCCCAGCAGUCCCUACAGUGCCCGCAACCAGCACCUCAAAUGUUACAUGCUCAAUACUCUCUAGAUACACAAGCAAUAUAUGGAACAAGAUCCCCGCAUUUAUCACCACACCUAUCUCCGGAACGUUACCGGUCGCCGUACUACCGGGGCGGUGUCUCCAGUGAUGAAGAGUGCAGGGACGCGAGGACGCGGGGGAGAGAGACGGCGAUAUUGUCAGACGCCGACGCUGACUCCGACGGCGAUACAGGUCUGGAUGGCGGUGAUGAGGACGACACCGACAGCAACGCUACCCCAGGCAGACGACGUGCUAGACGGAGGCGACCGCCUCGCAGACCACCACGUUCUGCAGGCGCAACGCCACCCCGCACCCGACGUCGGAACCCCGCCCCGCCGGCGCCGCCAGUGCGGGAGCGGGAUCCACUUCUGGAAGCUGACCGAGAAGCAGAGAGGAAGUACCGAGAGCUUAUACGAGAGGCGGAGAAGUUACUGGUAACCGUCUCUCGAGCCCCUUUGGAACCGCCGCAUAAUCCCCGCAUCAGGGAACUAAGGGCCACUGAGUCGGAGGCGCCGCGGCGCAGCCCGGAGCGCACGCACGUCACCAACUUCAUCCGCGCCAACUCCCCGGAGGCGGCCCGGCGCGGCGCCCCCGCCCCGCGCCGCUCGCCCCUCGCC